UAUCUAAUCCAAAUAAUAUGAUCAGACAGUGCCGAUAUCCGUUGCCAUCCUCAAAUUAGGGUCCCACUCCCACUAUAAAAUGAGCCCUAAACCGCGAUGACGCAUUUCUGCAGCCUUGGCUACUCUUUCUCUUCCAGAUUGCCAGGUCUGUUUUUGAUGAAUAUAAACUGGUGUUAAAUUAGGUGAUUUGAGCUUUGUGUUUCUUGUUCGGUUAAGCAAUCCGCAAAGAUGCAGAACGAAGAGGGUCAAAACAUGGAUCUUUACAUACCCAGUUCCGCCACUAACAGGCUCAUCACCUCAAAGGAUCAUGCAUCUGUCCAAAUCAACAUCGGACACUUGGAUGAGCUCGGCAGAUGCACUGGCACAUUCUCCACUUUUGCUCUUUGUGGCUUUGUCCGUGCGCAGGGUGAUGCUGACAGUGCUCUUGACAGGCUUUGGCAGAAGAAGAAAGCUGAAGUCCGACAGCAGUAGUAGGACAUCUUUUAUUGCGAGUCUGUCUCUGAACUUGGGUGGGAAAAUGUGUUGGCAAUGACUAUUAAGUUCUAGUUUGUUUUGGUGGUUGGGUUUGAAGUUGUUUUUCUUGAAUGGAUGAUGUUUAGUACUUAGUUUGCUUGCAUAUGAACCUAAUUUUGUGUAACAAUUUUUUUCUCUUUGGUUAUAAGAGUUUAAAUUUUGUUAAAUUUCUUCAGAGCCAAAUGCUUUAGUAGUUGAUUCCUAAUGGUAUUUUGAUGGUUCACAGUGGCUUGGUUCUGAGAGCUUUGAACUACAAUAAUUUAUAGCAUCAAAACCUUCUUGUUUUCGUGGUUUUUGAAUUGAAAAACUUGCAUCUAACAAAGAUUUA